AUGGGCCAAGGUUUUCUGCUUGCACAAGUCUGCGUUCACCACAUCUGCCAGUUGCUUCUUGUUCUUGGCUUCAUCUACACCAUCAUCUAUGACUGCGAAACAUGGUCCGGCAUGCAAGGGACCGGGGCCUUUCCAAAGACAUCGCUCAGCCUGGCAUGUGCGAUCUUGUUUCUCUGCUUUGCUUCUUGUUGCAUCUUGCACCACUGCGUGCAUGUCCCGCUUACCCCGUCGGUGGCUUGGCACGCGCUCCGCGCAUUUCAGUUUCUUGCCUAUCUCGCGAUGCUCCUGUUGUCGGCUGGGUUUGCAUGCUUGAAGGAACGGCCCAAGAGUUGCGGAAACCCUUAG